AGAGAGUAGGAGGGGGUUAUAGUGAGUUGAGUUCGGGACUGCAGCGCCCGUCGCUCCGCUGGUAUUCCAGGAAUGUGUUGAUCAUGGCGGCCGCAGUGAAGCCCGUGAGGAGCGGAUUGCUGGAGCUCCGCGUUACCGUUCACCACUGGAUCCGCGUGCUUGCCACUCUCAGCGAGGACUCGUUCACCGUGAGUCCCGGAGAAACCGGCGAUGAGACCGGGAACAGCUGCUCGCCCGCGCCCGGAGCUGUUAACGGGGAUCCGGCGAACCUCAGCGCCUCCCCGGUACCGGACACCAUCACCAACGUCAAGCGAACCGUCAGAGUCACCAAACAAGAGGUCGGAGGACUCGGAAUAAGUAUUAAGGGCGGUAAAGAGAAUAAGAUGCCCAUCCUGAUCUCAAAGAUCUUCAAAGGGCUGGCGGCGGACCAGACGGAGGCUCUUUACGUGGGCGAUGCGAUUUUGUCCGUGAACGGGAACGACCUCAGAGAAGCCACUCACGAUGAGGCUGUACAGGCCCUGAAGAAAACAGGCAAAGAAGUCAUUCUGGAAGGAACAUUUUUGUGUGUGGGCGAUGAGCGGCAUUCCUGGCACAGCGUGUUUCGGGAGUCACAGUGUAUAGCCGAUCCGAUGGAUUCCCGACGCUCCCACGGAAACCAGAGGGCCCGGGUCGGGCUGUCGGGAUCUGUUGUCUUUGACGCCGCUCCAGGUUCUUGUGUUUGUCCAGUCAGGCUGCAAGAACAACUGCAUGCUUCCCUGUCGCCCGACCCGGGACCCGGCACCUGGAAACAGAACGACCCGAGUCACCAGCGGGAAGAAUCUGCAUCUCGUCUUUUAAAGGAUGAUCGCUUUGUGUCCCAAAGGCCAGGAAUGUAG